AUGUCGCUACCUUCUGUGGGCCCAGGCGGAAUGCCCCGAUCAAAAUACCAACAUGCUUUUGACGAUUUUCUUAUCCCAGAAGAGGCAGCAGCUCAGCCAUCAUCAAAUUUCAAUAAUAAUCAACAUCCACCACCACCACCAUUGGCACAUAUUCCAGCAGCAGUAAAUGCUCCAGAGUUCUACUAUCAACAACAACAACAACAGCAGCAGCAGCAACAGCAACAUCCUCGAACACAGAGUAUGAUGAGCACUGCAUCGAGUAUGCGCAGUAUGCAACCGCAGGGUCCUCUUCGUCCUUCUUCUACUUUUAAUCCCUAUGGACCUGACCCUUACCAAAUAAUGGCUAGCGACUCCGGACCUUACAUGUCUCCAGCCAUGCCUAGAGCCGCUGUUACAUCUGCAAACAGCAGUGUGGGCCGCAGAGCUUCCAACUCAUCGAAAGCUUCGUCUCUGUUUAACUGGCGCAGCAAAAAAGUGGUUCACGACGAAUUUAAUGGUGAUGAAGAUAUGUUUGACGACUUCUCAUCAGCCACCGGGUUAGGUGCAGCUGCAGGAGGACGUCCCGGAACUCCAGGAUCCGGUGGAAUACGGUAUCCCUCUGGUGCCUCGACAUCGUCACUUGCUCUAAACAAUAUGUUGAUGCAACAACAGCAACAACAACAACAACAACAGUACGCUCCCCAAGGUAAUAAUUUCGACAUGGUAGAGGGUGCCACAAACCUCGGCAUGAACCAAUUAAAAUCGCUACGCGAUCGCGACCGAUACCCAACAAUCACAAGUAAUAGUAGCUCCGGGGUAUCCAGCAUUAACUCGCCUGAUGGCACGAGAACUAUGUCGAUGCGCUCCAUGUCCAACUCGACUUUUGAUACAACCCCCAUCAUCCCUAUACUUACACCUACUGGUACCUCGAAAAAAAGUAAAGAAUAUCGUAAAAACCUUACUCUUAACCAGCGCAAAUUGAUGCAUGCUUCUGAUGGAGGUGCACCAGGUGGGUUUCUUUACAGUCAACAACUACAGCAACAGCAACAGCAACAGCAACAACAGCAACAAAUGGACCCUCAGAAUCUCCGCAUGAUGAUGAACGGUGCGUUCCCCGGUUUGGCUGGAAGUGGCCCCUUUCCAACCAAAAAUGGCAAUUACCCACAACAGCAACAACAACAACAACAGCACCAGCAGCACCAGCAGCACCAGCAGCACCAGCAGCAGAUUCCGCCUCAAUUCCAAUCCAACGGGGCGUUUGCUUCUGGGUACCCCACCGCUCCCGGCCAAAAUCGGUUUCCUGGCCACCCCCAGCAACAGGGUCCACAACUACUUCCGGCAAAUAACCCGGCUGCCGGAAAUCUGGCUAAUCCUAUGCGUCGUGGUCCUAGCGCGGGUGUCCCGGGCCAGGGUUAUUAUCAGAAUAGUAGCAACGGCGCACUCGCCAUGGGGCCUCGCUCCAUGUCUAUGACUAGCAAUGCUUCCUCUCGAGGACCAUUUUCACCACCUCCCCCACAAAACCAUCAGACAAAUAACAACAACUUCCACCAGGCACCGUCGCCCGGGCCUUACCGCGGGUACUCGGGACCUAUUGGAUCUCCCACUUCUACUACCACAACUUCACCUGAAUACCAACGUAACCCACAAACAGCAUCUCAAAUCCAGUCACAACCGCUACAAGUCCAUUCCCCUGCACCUAUUCGUGCUGGCGGUCCAACAAGCCCUGUCACAGCCUCGGCAGGCUACCCUCCACAAACUCCCAGGAGUGUUGCAUCUGUGGGUUACGCAAGCGACAGUCCGCGCAGCAUGGCAGAUGCACCACCAAGCAGUUCAACAGAACAACCACAGGCAUCUAAUGAAGAAGCGAUGUCAUUACAAAGUACGUCCUCGCAACCAGUAUAUGCAAGUGCUCAGCAGUCACAACAACCUAAAGGCGCAUUGUCUCAGACCGGGCACGCCCAAAACCCAUCCAUAGUAACGGUCUCAUCUUUAGGCUCUGGAUAUAAAUCUGCCAUAUCACAACAGCAACGGAGCCCAGGUAGAAGACAGUCGCGUGAUAAUACUAAUCUACCAGAAGAUGAAAAGUUUUCGUUCCAAGCCUCGGAGCCGAUCCAAGAAAAAGCUAAAACUCCAACCCAAGAUAUUCCACAAACAGAUUCCUCAACCUCUAGGGAAAUAGAUAAUCAUCAGGUGCAUACUCACGUGGCAGUCCAUGCACCUGUUCCUCUUGUGGCUCCGGGGCCCGUUGUCUCGGAAUCUAAACCUACACCCGUUUCAGACCGGGACUCUUCAGCCACACCUACACCCUUGUCGAUGCCCCCGACCCUUGAGAUCCCGCCUCCUACGUCUCCAUUUGAAAUACCAAGUAUAUCGUCUGCCUCCGCAACACCACCGCUCUCUGAGACAACAAGCUCGCGGUCCAUGUCGCGGCCAUCUUCUAGUACUCUCUCGUCGCUGGACCCAAUGCACGUUUCUCUCAGUAAGCUUACUACCGCUACCACUGAUUCGGAUCUGUCGUUCAACUCUGCACCCUCGUCAACGUUUAUCAGCUCCAACACUACUACACCUACCAUGACCAAGUGCUCGAUCCAGAAAACAGGUGAAGAGACUGUAGAAGAUACCACUGACGAUAGUGUGCAGAUUGUGUCAACACAACCAAGUGUACUCUCGCCAGAGACUCACCACUUGCCACUUUCCAUGUCGUCGCCCAAAUCAACCUCUGAUCGUGGCGUUAGUGUAGGCGAUGACAGCUUGGUUUCUCAAGCGACUGCAGACUCUACCAAGGUCCUUGAGCUGACUCUUGAGAACCAAGUACUUUUGAAUGAAGUUCGGUUGAUUGCGUUUGAGCUUGCUGAUUCGGUCAAGCGCGAGCUUGGAAUUGAAAGCUUUGAGGAAGAAUCAGAUGUUGCAGCUAUUACGGCUGCUACCACAGGCGAUUCCAGCGUUGAAGAUAUUUCAGAUUCAUUAGUGGGUGAGCUUUCCCUGGAUAGCACUUCCCGGGCUCGUAUGGUUGUCCAGUUGCAACGUAAGCUCGACAUGGAAAGACGCAAACGUGUUGCUUUAGAAUCUCGUCUUGUAAACUUAGAAAAGAGUGUUACCAAUAACAAUGGCAAGGGCCAAAUCUCCGAGAUUUAUGACCAUUUGACGUUACAGAAUAAUAUCACCAAGAAGGAACAUGAGCUGCUUGAUAUGAAACUUGACUAUGAGGAUGCUCAAAAGUCAAUUGCAGAAUUGCGUGCAAAAUGCGGUGUUCUUGAGCGUGAACGUGAUGCUGCUUGGGCUGCUACUAAAAAGGCACAGGAAGAAAAUAAGACAAUGCAAAAGGAGCUUGCUUCACUGUUACCAUCGAUUCUUCCUAGCGCAUUGUUGGCCAAAAAUAACAAUUCUUCGUCACCUGCUACUAGCAGUCCAUCGGCAGUACUAUCAUCCAUGUCGCGCGACGAAAAGGUACGUGCGAUUGAGUCUCAACGUGAUGCUUUGCGUGAUGCUUUGCGGUCUCACCGUGAGUUAAAAGACCAUGAGAUUCGGCAAUUACAGGAUCGUGUGAAGCAGCUAGAAACCAAGUGGGAGAAGGAACGCAUGGCCAAUCUACAACUCCAGCAAAAGCUAGUUCUUGGAUCCAGUUCGUCGAGUGUCAACAAUACUGGUGUAAGGUCGUCUUCAUCUUCUGGUGGAAGUUCGAGCAAUAGCGCAGCCACUAUGACCCAUUCCAACUCCAACAGCAGUAUUAAUGGUGUGAUUGCACAAUCUCCUGGAGCUGGUUUAUUACCAACAAAUCUGUCGCUACCAUCGCCGUCGUCGGAUGGGUAUUUUAACCUGACGCCGCCCAAACGGCGAGUGCGUAGUAAGGGUAGUUUCUACAAUUUGAGUUUUGGCGGGUCGUCAAACAAUUUGCUUGAUAGUGUGACUGCUGCAGGAUCUGGAAUUGGCUCUGGAGGAUCGUAUAGCUCGACACAUACGGGUGGAAUUAUAAGGAGCUCGUCACCUGCGCCAUUAACUCUUACGACCAAUAUUGCGGCACAUGCCCUUGCAUCCACAGGAAGUUCCGGGCAAGGAACCGGAGUAUAA